AUGACGGCAGCAGUCCUGCGUAGUUCGCCAAACCUCGCGGUUCCUCAAACCCAGAACACUGCUCCAGUCCACGAGUUCAACUGCCUAUACACACACGACCUAAGGCGAAAGCAAAAGAGAUGGCAAGAUGGCUUCCUACGCUACCACACCUUCAACAAGCGUGUCAUGGUCUACGAUGUUCCUAGAAAUUUCCUCGGCGACCUUCACUGGACCAGCGGCGAUGACCUUCAAGAGGGUGACGAGAUGACCCUCGAGAAGGGUGGUAUCAUGGUCCAAGUCUCUGAAAGAGUAGGCACUAUACAGACAGAUCUCUCGGACCUGCUACAGCGAAAGGACAAGACCCCGGCUAAAAACCCUGCCUCGUCAAGAACAUUGCCGCGCCAUGGACCACCAUAUGCUGCUGCUCCAUCUAUUACACCUAGAACUCCUCAUGCUGUCUCGACCACACCUAUGAAACACAAGUCUCUUAAUGCUUUACUCGGAAGGUCAAGACGACCCAUAGGAAAGGCAUCUCUCCCGACAGAAUCUCCCUACGAAGCAAGAAUCAGAGAUCUGCAGGCUGCUGAAGCCCAGGACCCGAGAGAGCGUAAACGACAGAGGCUUGAUUCUCCAGCUCAGACAACGCCUAUGGCAGCGAAGUGUCGUAAUGAACCGUCAGCUCAUCAGCAAGCGAACCCUGGUUCUCGUCCGAAGCCUGGAUGCGAAGUCAUUGAUCUCUCUUCCGACACUGAGGAUAUCUCUGCAGCGCAAGCCGCAAGCCGUGCUAUUGACGCUGAGCUGUUGGCGACAUCUUCUCCCGCUCGUUUGUUCGAAAGCCCAGCUCCUCGACAAACUACUUCCAACCAUUUUCGUCCCAUCGAUAGGCGACCUACAGCAGCGAAGCCAUCCUCCAUUGAGUCUCCUUCGGCCAGAGUGUCAGAUCGACCAAGGCAUGCCGAUCUUCCUACAUCUAAUACUGCUCGACCCAGAAAGGAAACUAGUGUUCCACGAGAGGCAACAAAGGAGAGCACCCAAGUGGUAGCUGAUGAGCCUCCAAGGAGUGAACUUCUUGCAGCCGGGUCUGAUUCUCAGAUGCGAGGAAAGUCAUUGAAGCUUGUUGGUGGGGCUCCUAGAAAAAUGCUACUUUUUCAGUCACAGACUUCACGCCCAUCAAACUCCGAGACUGUAACUGAAAGUGCCUCGCGCGGCAAAGCUCAGAGAUCAAGACAAGAGAGCGAUGUUGUUCCAGCUAAGGAGCAGGCGAGAAUGGACGUCAAUCUCACAGCAAAACAACCAGCAGUUGAGCAAAAUCCCGAGGACUCAGUCUUUCAGCGACGCAUGCAAGAAAGACUCGCAAGGAUCGAGAAGAAACAGAAGAAACCGGUGUUGCAAAGGAGUUCCUCAGACGUGACCGAGCAACGUCCUGUUGUUGAGAAGGCUGCGAACAGUAAUACUGGUUUACGUAAAACUACUUCUGCUGUCAUGUCUCGACUUGACUCACCCGAGGAUCCCUCAUUGGCCGACUUUCAAUUCGCGGAUAUUACUCCUCUUGACUUCGACGACCCUAUCGUUGACGACUCGAUCGCCCAACCGCCUACACGACCAGGCAAGGGACCAGUCGAGAAACUUGCAAGACCAACUGCUAGGGCAACCAGUACGACUACAGCAAGAUCAUUCAAGCCUCUGACUGUCAAAGCAGCUCCUGUGAUAUCCACGAAAACGGCUCAAAUUGUAGCCACAGAACAGAAAAAGAACGAAGACAUUGGACCAUGGAGUAAAGAGGCAUUCGACCUGAUGGACUGGAGGCCACCAAGCAUGCAUGCAGGCUGA